GUGCAGAUAUAAAUAUGCAGUUAUCACUGACCCCAGUGGCAUAGAAUUUGGAAGACAAACUUUACUUCAGACCUUAAAAGACCUAAAGCAUUUUUUGUGCCUUCUCUUUUUAACAUGUCUUGGGGAGUCAUGGCAGGGCACCUGGGUUGGGGUGGCCUCAUUGAAGAAGGUUGGAGGAAGGGUCCCUGGACUGCUGAAGAAGACAGGUUGCUUAUUGAAUAUGUAAGGUUGCACGGUGAAGGGAGAUGGAACUCUGUGGCCAGGCUUGCAGGAUUGAAAAGGAAUGGAAAGAGCUGUAGAUUGAGGUGGGUGAAUUACUUGAGGCCAGACCUGAAGAGGGGCCAGAUAACUCCACAUGAAGAGAGCAUUAUUCUUGAGCUGCAUGCUAGGUGGGGAAACAGGUGGUCCACAAUUGCAAGAAGCUUGCCUGGAAGAACAGAUAAUGAGAUCAAGAACUACUGGAGGACCCAUUUCAAGAAAAAAGCCAAACUCUUACCGGAAAACUCGGAGAAAGCAAGAAAUCGUCUCCUGAAAAGGCAACAAUUUCAGCAGCAGCAGCAGCAACAGCAACAGCAGCUGCAGCAGUCUCAACAGCAGCAGCUGCAGCUGCUGCAAUUAAACCAAUUGGACAUGAAAAAGAUCAUGUCCUUACUUGAUGAGAAUGAAAACAAAGUCCCAUAUGUGCCUCAAAUAAGGCAGGAAAUGGCCACUGUAUAUCCUAACGCAACAGAGGAGCAUGGCUUGUUAUAUAACAUGUUCAAUAUAAAUGCUUCAAUUCCUGAGCCCUCCAACGAGGAAAUUCUGUGGGAUGGAUUGUGGAACUUGGAUGAUGUCCAUGGCAAUUUUGGUGUGGCAUGUGCACCAAGCAAAGCUAGCAUGCACAAUUUAUUCGCACCCUUUUGUUAACCUUCUCGUGCUUUAAGAAUUUUCAUGGUAUGUAAUCCCUCCACAAACUCCCACCCCCAC